ACAUCAGGAUGGGCCUUGGGUGGGGAACAGAGGCAGCCGCCCUGGGCAUGGUGGGGCUGGUGGGACAAGAUGUCCCCAUAGAGCCCUCCUUUCUGAUGUGGACUGUUUCUCCCUAGCAACCAGCAAAUGCACGGGAAGACAGCGUCUCUUAAGAGCCCCGUGUCCUGUGCAGAUAAACCAAACAGAGUCCAGGAAUCCCCAGGCCCCAGUCUGCACUGUUCAGAAGGCUGGAAGGGCGAAGAUAUAAAGAAGUGUGGCCGGGAAGGGACACCACUGAGUAAAUAUAACCAGCAAUACCACAAGCUAUUCAAGGACAUCCCCCUGGAGGAGGUGCUUCUCAAAGUGUGUUCCUGUGCCCUCCAGAAGGACCUCCUUAUCCAGGGCCGGCUUUACAUCUCCCCCAACUGGCUCUGCUUCCAUGCUGGCCUGUUUGGCAAGGAUAUCAAGGUGGUCAUUCCCGUGGUGUCUGUGCAGAUGAUCAAAAAACACAAGGUGGCGCGGCUCCUUCCCAAUGGACUGGCCAUCACCACCAACACCAGCCAGAAGUAUAUCUUUGUGUCACUGAUGUCCCGGGACAGUGUGUAUGACAUGCUGAGGAGAGUUUGUACCCACCUACAGCCUUCCAGCAAGAAGAGUCUGAGUUUAAGAGAAUUUCCAGAGGAGCCUGAGUGCGAGUCUCUGGAAGUCCUCAUCCCCGAGAUGAAGUGGAGAAAAGUGUGCCCUGUUUCUAGGUCCCUGUCCCUCCCAGAUGACCUCCCUUGUAUUCCUCAGGCUUCCGUGGACUCCACAGACAGUUUCUUCCCCUCCAGGAAGCCUCCAAGAUCUGGAAAGGCAAGAGCUCAAGCAGCUUCAGAAAACAAGGGAGGUGGGCGGGCUGGGCCCAUGCUGGGUGGGGGUCCUGCCUGCCCCACGACGAUACCUAACCACUCUCCCAUUGCAGAAAAUGCUGUCUAUGAGGGCGACAGGUUGCAGGAGGAGCCCAGAGGGGACCCGGAGCUGAGGCCCUGGGAUUACCGGCUCCUCAAGGUCUUCUUCGUGCUGAUCUGCUUCUUGGUCAUGUCCUCAUCCUACCUGGCAUUCCGCAUCUCCCGGCUAGAGCAGCAGUUAUGCUCCUUGAACUGGGGAAGCCCGGUCCCUGGGCACAGGUGA